ACAAACUUAACCUCAAUUUUUAUGUAAACACUCGUUUGAAUGUCAGUGAAAUUUCACCACGCACAAAAUUUUUUUUUUCAAUAUUUCUUUAUUAAUUGAACCUGCUUUGUUUAAAGCCUAACAAUAAGUAUUAAAAUCUUAAAUCUCAAGCUCAAGAAUGUGUUUGAGCUUUUUGGCAGAACGUUGCUCUUUAGUAGGCAGGUAGAUCUCUUCUUUUUAAACGAGUUUGAUUGGAAUAUACCAAGGCAUUUGCCAAUGGGUUUGGAUGUUCACGAAGUUUAGAAAUAUAUUUCUUUCUGCUGUCCUCUAUUUCCUUCUUUACCAUAGGAAUAUCAAGAUCCUUAUGGAUAUUUUCAUUACGCAUGUACCAUGGUGAACCCGUUAUUGUUCUAAGCAUUUUAGAUUGGAAUCUCCGAAUUAUAUCAAUGUUGGUUGCACAGGUCGUACCCCACAGUUGAAUACCAUACAUCCAAAUCGGUUUAUGAUUGCAUUGUAUAACAGGACUUUGUUGUCUAGGCUAAGUUUAGAAUUUUUGUUUAGAAGCCAAUUUAAAUUUGCUGCUCUUAACUUCAUGCAAGUUACUUUACUCGCUAUAUGUUUCCGCCACGUAAGACUUCGAUCCAGGUGAAUCCCAAGAUAAGUUACUUCAUUCGUUUGGGGUACUAAUACAUUGUUUAUUUUAACUGUCCGACAUGUUUCUGGUCUUAGAGAAAAUGUAACAUGCUUGCAAUUUUGCUCAUUAAUUUUUAUACGCCAGUUGGCUAGCCAUUCUUCGACACAAGUUAAGUGCUCCUCUAAUACUCUUGAUGCUCUAAUGGGGCAUUUGUUUCGGCUUACUAUGGCUGUGUUAUCCGCAAAAGUGGAUGUCAAUACGUUAUUAGCUAUUGGAAUGUCUGCUGUAUAUAUUAUGUACAGAGUGGGGCCUAAUACACUGCCCUGAGGUACACCGGCCCUUAUUGCUCGUUCUUCUGAUAUAAAAUCUGCUACUUUAACUGUAAAUUUCCUAUUUCUUAAAUAUGACUCCAAUGUUUUAUGCAAUUCGUAAGGUAAAACGUUUUUGAUUUUCCAUAAAAGGCCUUCAUGCCAGACCUUAUCGAACGCCUGAGCUACAUCGAGAAAAAUAGCGGAACAGUACUCUCUGUGCUCGAAUGCUUUCCUGAUUUCGUUUGCAAGGAGAAAAGCCUUCCUCUUCAAAAGUGCUUAAUCCUCCGAAAACAAUUAACGAUAACCUUAAGCGGAAAACUAUUCAGGGGGGUUACUCUGUAAGGCGUUACGAAUAAGCCAUGCGUUGCGAAAGUGAAUUGCGUUGCGAAGGGCAAUCGGUACUCUGUAACACUUUUGCAUUGUAAACAGUGUUGCACUGUUUUCGAGUUGACAUAUCUCCAGUAUAGUUGACAUUACUGACCGAAACGAAGGAGAAUGAAAACAAAAUAAAUAACAGAAAAGUGAAGAAGGGUAGAAAAUUGACAGUCAAACAUAAUUAAAUUUGAAUUGUUUUAUAAAUAAAAGUAAUUUUAAAUCAGUAAAAAAGCUGUGAAUAUGGAUUCCGUUGUGUUAUGGGAGGAAAACUCAAAAAAUGAACGAGUUGAGCGGAAAAUUAUUAGAGACAAUUCUAAUGUGAUGAGUCUUAGUGAAAAAAGUUUUGUGCAAAACUUUCGCUUAAGCAAGGAUUCAUUCAAAUAUGUGUUGGAUAGCAUAAGUAGUGAGCUAAAAACUCCACGCAGGUCCACAGGAAUACCCGAAAUUGUGAAAUUAGCGGCAACUUUAAAAUUUUUGGCGCAGGGAGGCUAUCAACAGCAAAUUGGACAAGAUCACCAUACAGGACUAGCUCAACAAACUGUUUCGCGUUGUGUGUUUGAAGUUUGUAAAGCAAUUGAGAAAGUGCUGUGUCCAAAACACAUAACUUUUGCAAUGUCUUCAGUGGAGAAAAAUGAAGCGAAACGAGCUUUUUACUCAGUGUCUGGAAUUCCAGGAGUAAUUGGAGUGGUGGAUGGUACUCACAUCCAAAUGAUACGUCCGGCAGUUAAUGAGCAUUUAUAUUUCAAUAGGAAAUUAAAGCAUAGUAUAAACGCUAUGGUGAUAUGUGAUCAUAAGAUGAUGAUAAAAGCCGUUAACGGUCGGUUUGCUGGGGCGUGUCAUGAUUCACAUGUGUGGAAUUUGUCACGCGAGCGCCAAUAUUUACAAAGCAACUAUGUGAAUGGAGAAAUAGGAAUUCGCAUUCUUGGCGACUCUGGAUAUCCGCUUGAGCCAUGGCUUUUAACUCCAUACAGAAAUGCUGCUGAAAACUCUGCUGAAAGUUACUACAACUACAAAUUUUCAAAAGCCAGAUCCCUUAUCGAACGAGUAUUUGGAGUAUUAAAAGCGCGGUUUAGAUGCCUUUUAGCUGCUAGAGAACUACAUUAUGCCCCAGAAAAAGUGGUGCAAAUUUUGAACGUAUGUUGUGCUCUUCAUAAUAUUUGCACUAUUUUUAAUGUGGAAUCACCUGCCAAUAUAGCAAUAGAAGUUGAAGAAGUCGAUGCUAGUUAUACUGAAACCAUAGGAAAUACAAAUGAAACCAAUAUUGCUAAACGUUUAAGGGAUCAAAUAAAAAACAGUAUGAUUACUUUAUAAACAUAUAACACUAUUUAAUGAAGUAAACUUUUUAAUUUUUCACAUUUCCAUUAAUUAUUAAUUAAUAUAUAUAUCAUUGAUAUAUCUUGCA